AUGACCUGUCCGGCCGCUGAGGGACACCCGGCACCCGGGGGCCACCAAGAGACCAAAGCCCACCUGGGCUCCGUGGCCCACCUGGGCCCCCUGCACGGCUCCACGGUUCCUCAAGGUUCUGAGGGUCACCAAGAGACCAAAGGCCACCUGGGCUCUGUGGCCACCAGAGGGUUCACGGCCAGCUGGACCUCUGCGGUCAGCCAGGACCACCGAGAGACUACGGCCCACCUGGGCUCUGUCACCCACCUGGGCUCCCACGUGGAGAUUGAAGCUCACCUGGGCUUUGUGGCCAACCAAAACUUCGUGGGCAAGCAGGACCACCCCGAGCCCGGUGCUGGUGGUGGCUCCGUGGUGCUGUUGGACUCCAAGACCUCCCAAGGCUCUGAGGAACACCUGGGGGCUCGGGUCGGCCAGGUCCCCGUGACCCACCUGGCGUUCGUGGCCACCCAGGACCACCUGGAGGUGGAGGUGCGUCAGGAAUCGGCGGCCAGCCGAGGUUCUGUGGGCAACCAGGAGCACCCAGAGCCUGACAUCAACAUCCCGUUGGACUCCAAGGUCAACCAGGCCUCCAUGGCUCACUUAGACCUGAAGGGCCACCAAGACCCCGCCCCCUCCCCGGCCUCCGAGGACCCCCAAGAGCCCAAGGUCACCCAGGGUCCGGUGGCCAACCAAAAGACCAAGGUCAACCAAAGCCCCGCGGCCCCUCUGGAGGCCAAGGUCAAUGAAGACCCCGUGUGUUUAGACUUGAGGGUCCACCAAGCCCCUGUGGCCACCCAAGCCCCCGAGGACCCCCGAGACCCCCUGGACCACCCGGACAGUCAGGCUGACCAAGCCCCGCUGGCUCUUACAGACUGGAACAUCCGCCAAGCCCCCAUGGCCGAGCACAGCCCCGCGGACCCCCAAGAGACCAAGGUCAAGCCCGGCCCUCCGGACCCGAGGGUCCCCCUGGACACCACGGCCAAGGGAAGCUGCCCGGGGACCAAGUGCCACCAACCCCACGUGCCCACCUGGGCCACCCCAGCCCCCCGCCCAUGUGCCCAAAUCCCCUCGGGCGCCCGCCUGGGCCUGGUGCUGCUGACGCUGGGGUCCCUCCUGCUGCCCUGCGCCCGGGGCUCGGCGCUGGAGUUCGGGGGCGCCCCGGGGCAGUGGGCGCGCUACGGGCGGUGGGCGCCGGGCGCGGGGGGCCAGCUCAGCUUCCGCCUCAAGACCAACGUGACGCGGGCGCUGCUGCUCUACCUGGACGACGGCGGCAACUGUGACUUCCUGGAGCUGCUGGUGGCCGAGGGGCGGCUGCGGCUGCGCUUCGCCAUCGCCUGCGCCGAGCCCGCCACGCUGGAGCCGCCGGCGCCCGUCAGCGACGGCCGCUGGCACGCGGUGCUGCUGACCCGGCAGGCGCGGCACGCGGCGCUGGCCGUGGACGGGGAGGCGCGGGCGGCCGCCGUGCGCUCCAAGCGGCCCGACAUGGCCGUGGCCAGCGACCUGUUCGUCGGGGGGAUCCCGCCCGACGUGCGGCUCUCGGCGCUGACGCUCAGCACCGUCAAGUACGAGCCGCCCUUCCGCGGGUGGGUGGCCGACCUGCGGGUGGGCGACGCGCCGGCCGCGCUGCUGGGCGCCCAGGGGGUCCGGGGUGACGGGGACGAGCGCUGCGCCCACCACCCGCCCUGCGCCCACGGCGGCCGCUGCACCCUGCGCCGUGGGGAGCCCCGCUGCGACUGCGCCGGCACCGGCCACCGCGGGCCCUUCUGCGAGGAAGGUGAGGGCGCGGCGGGGGCGCGUCACGCGGCGCUGGCCGUGGACGGGGAGGCGCGGGCGGCCGCCGUGCGCUCCAAGCGGCCCGACAUGGCCGUGGCCAGCGACCUGUUCGUCGGGGGGAUCCCGCCCGACGUGCGGCUCUCGGCGCUGACGCUCAGCACCGUCAAGUACGAGCCGCCCUUCCGCGGGUGGGUGGCCGACCUGCGGGUGGGCGACGCGCCGGCCGCGCUGCUGGGCGCCCAGGGGGUCCGGGGUGACGGGGACGAGCGCUGCGCCCACCACCCGCCCUGCGCCCACGGCGGCCGCUGCACCCUGCGCCGUGGGGAGCCCCGCUGCGACUGCGCCGGCACCGGCCACCGCGGGCCCUUCUGCGAGGAAGAGGAAGAACCCGCGGUGGAAGGGCCCGCCGAGGUCGCCGAGGGGGGGCCCGGCCGCGGCGCCGGCGAGAUCCAGCAAGCAGCGAAAGGCCGCGCCGAGUACGUGGCCACGUUCCGGGGCAGCGAGUUCUUCUGCUACGACGUGUCGCGGUCGCCGGUGCAGAGCAGCGCGGACGAGCUGGCGCUGGCGUUCCGCACGCGGCAGCGCCACGGGCUCCUGCUGCACACCGGCCGCGCCGCCGACUUCCUGAACCUGUCGCUCAAGGCCGGCGCCGUGUGGCUCGUCAUCAACCUGGGCGCCGGCGCCUUCGAGGCGCUGGUGGAGCCCGUCAACGGCAAGUUCCACGACGGCGGCUGGCACCACGUGCGCGUCACGCGCAACCUGCGGCAGCACGCAGGGAUCGGACACGCUAUGGUGACCAUCUCGGUGGACGGCAUCCUGACCACCACGGGCUACACGCAGGAGGAUUUCACCAUGCUGGGCUCCGACGACUUCUUCUACGUGGGGGGGUCCCCCAACACCGCCGACCUGCCGGGGUCCCCCGUCAGCAACAACUUCAUGGGCUGCCUCAAGGACGUGAGCUCGGUGUCGGUGAACAGCCGCAGCACGCCCUUCCUGGCCAGCGGUGACCGGGACGUUCUGGACGUGGGGGCCGAGCUGUACCUGGGGGGGCUCCCCGAGGGCCGGCCCGGCCCCCCCGCGCCCCCCGAGCUCUGGGCCGCGGGGCUGCGCCUCGGCUUCGUGGGCUGCGUGCGGGAUCUGUUCGUGGACGGGCGGAGCCGCGACGUGCGGGCGCUGCUGGCCACCGGGGGGGCUCCGGGGGUCGCCCCGCUCUGUGCCAGGGACCCCCCCCGGCUGUGCGCCAGCGCUCCCUGUCGCAACGGGGGGACGUGUCGCGAGGGCUGGAACCGCUUCGUGUGCGACUGUCGCGGCACCGGGUACCUGGGGCCGCGCUGCGAGACAG